UUAAUUUGUGAACGAAUGAGUGGUCACAUGUUAUUACAUAUAUUAGCAGGUUUUACUUAUAAUAUAAUGUCUUCAGGUAUAUUAUUCUUCUUCUUAGGUUUAUUACCUUUAUCAUUUAUUAUAGCUUUUGCAGGAUUAGAAAUAGGUAUAGCAUUUAUACAAGCUCAGGUUUUUGUAGUUUUAACUUCUUCUUAUAUAAAAGAUGGAUUAGAUUUACAUUAA